CUACAGAAACUCAGAUUUCUUUUUCGUUUUGUUUUGUUUAUGCAAAUAGUUCAUUCCCUGCAGCGUUCCUCCGGGAAUGGUCCCCCUCCACCUCCAGUCAUCCCUCCCCUGCCCUGCUCUGCAGGGCUGCUCUCUCCCUCAACGCUCUGUGUAUGAAGACGCCAGAGCCCAGGCCCAAAGACCAGCAGGGAAAUGUGGCCCUUCCCCCUCCUCGUGUCAGCCCUGCUCUGCGGGGUGGGAGGCUCCAUCCCCGUCCCUCAGAAGCUCUUUGGGGAGGUGACUUCCCCUCUGUACCCCAAACCUUACCCCAACAACUAUGAGACAACCACGAUCAUCAUGGUGCCCCCUGGACACAGAGUGAAGCUCAUCUUCCGGCAGUUUGAUCUGGAGCCUUCCAAAGGCUGCUUCUAUGACUACGUCAAGAUCUCCGCCGACAAGAAAAACCUUGGGAGAUUCUGUGGGCAGCUGGGGUCCCCCCUGGGAAACCACCCAGGGGAGAAGGAGUUCGUGUCCAAAGGGAACAAGAUGCUGCUGACCUUCCACACAGACUUCUCCAAUGAGGAGAAUGGGACCGCCAUGUUCUACAGGGGCUUCCAGGCCUACUACCACGCCGAGGACCUCGACGAAUGCACCUCCCAGAGCAGCUCUGUGGAGGACGACUCCCAGCCCCACUGCCAGCACCUCUGUCACAACUACCUCGGCGGCUACCUCUGCUCCUGCCGUGCAGGCUACGAACUUCGUCAGGACGGGCAUUCCUGCCAGGCUGAGUGCAGCAGCGAGCUGUACACAGAGCCAUCAGGCUAUGUCACCAGCCUGGAGUACCCCCGGCCAUACCCCCCGGAUCUGCGCUGCAACUACAGCAUCCGGGUAGAGCGAGGCCUCACCCUGCACCUCAAGUUCCUGGAGCCUUUUGAAAUUGACGACCACCAGCAAGUGCACUGCCCCUAUGACCAGCUCCAGAUCUACGCCAACGGGAAGAACGUGGGCGAGUUCUGCGGUACACACAGGCCUCCCGACCUGGACACCAGCAGCAAUGCCGUCGACCUGCUGUUCUUCACUGAUGAGUCUGGGGACAGCCGGGGCUGGAAGCUGCACUACACCACGGAGAUCAUCAAGUGCCCGCAGCCCAAGCCCCUGGACGAGUUCACCAUCAUCCAGAACCUGCAGCCACAGUACCAGUUCCGGGACUAUUUCAUUGUCACCUGCAAACAAGGCUACCAGCUGGUGGAGGGGGACCAGGCGCUGCUGUCCUUCACGGCUGUCUGCCAGGAUGACGGCACGUGGCAUCGCCCCAUGCCCAGGUGCAAGAUCAGGGACUGUGGGCAGCCCCGAAGCCUGCCCAGUGGGGACUUCCGGUACCUCACCACCGAGGGAGUGAACAUCUACGAGUCCCGCAUCCAGUACCGCUGCCAGGAGCCAUACUACAGGAUGAAGACCCGAGCGGGCAGCAGCGAGUCCGAGCGAGGACUGUUCACCUGCACUGCCCAGGGCAUCUGGAAGAACGAGCAGGAGGGGGAGAAGAUUCCGCGGUGUCUGCCAGUGUGCGGGAAGCCCGUGAACCCGGUGGAGCAGAAGCAGCGCAUCAUCGGCGGGCAGACAGCCAAGCCAGGCAACUUCCCCUGGCAGGCGUAUACCUACCGCUACGGCCCUGGCGGGGGCGCCCUGCUGGGGGACCGCUGGGUCCUCACCGCUGCCCACACCCUGUACCCCAAGGACCACAGCACCCAGAACAACAAAACCAUGGAGGUUUUCCUGGGCCACACCAAUGUGUAUGAGCUCAGGAAACUGUCCAACCACCCUGUGCGGAGUGUCCGCAUCCAUCCCGACUACCGCCAGGACCAGUCCCACAACUUUGAUGGGGACAUCGCCCUGCUGGAGCUGGAGAACAGCGUCGCCCUGGGCCCACAGCUCCUCCCCAUCUGCCUCCCCGACAACGAGACCUUCUACGACCACGGCCUCAUGGGCUACGUCAGCGGCUUCGGGAUUAUGGAGGAACGGGUCUCUUUCAACCUCAGGUUCAUCCGGCUGCCCAUGGCUGAGCGGAAGGCCUGUGAGAGCUGGCUGCGGAGCAAGCGCCGGGACGAGGUGUUUUCUCCAAACAUGUUCUGCGCCGGGGACCCGUUUGUCAGCCAGGAUGCCUGCCAGGGGGACAGCGGGGGCGUCUUUGCUGUGAGGGACCACACCAGCAACCGCUGGGUGGCCACGGGCAUCGUGUCCUGGGGCAUUGGGUGCGGCAAGGGCUAUGGCUUCUACACCAAGUUACUCAACUACGUGGACUGGAUCAAGAAAGAGAUGGGGGAGGAGGAGGACUGAGCCCGGGUCCCGGGAGUCAGAGCUCAGUGUCCAAAAGCAAAGUCACCGGCCCAGUGAAUGACCAUGAAGAACUCGCUAAAACCACUAUGCAGAAGGACACUGUGUGAAGCAAAUUCUCUUUCCUAUCGUCCCGUCCACAUUCUUUAAACAAAAGGUGCCUUUCACCCCUCUAAGGAUCGCGGCAGAUAUAGCUAUCAAUUUCUAAUUCUCAUUUUCCUUCUCCACGUUUAUACCAUUGGAAAACUGAAUAAGCCCCACUCCAAAUAAAUUGUAUAAGAGAUUACAGUAUGUUAAAUAAAUAAAAAAUAGUGUCUAAGAUAAAAAUA